UCAUUAUUCUUUUAUUUGAUUCCUCUAGAAAUGCUCCUCUAACAUAAAUAGUUGAAAAACAGUCUUAAGGAAAGUAAGGAGAAAACAAAAUGAAGGGUGAACUCUCAGCAGAAACGACGGUUGGCGUGGCAGCGAGUGCGAUGUGGGAGGUCUACAAGGGGCUGGAGCUGGGAAGACUUGUGGAUAAAUUGUUACCAGAUCUUCUCGGAAAAGUCGAAGUUAUUGAAGGCGAUGGUGGUGUUGGCACCAUUGUCAAGCUUACAUUUCCCCCAGGAACUCCUGGAGCUGGUUAUAUGAAAGAAAUAUUCAAAACGAUUGACGAAGAAAAGCGGGUGAAGGAAACAGAGACGAUUGAAGGAGGGUUUAAAGCACUUGGAUUCGAAUACUAUAAGAUUCGGUUGGAAAUUAUUGAGAAAAAUGGUGAGUCAAGUAUUAUAAAAUCUUCAGUUCAGUAUGAGGUUGAUGAUAAAUUAGCCAAUCUUGCUUCUGAAGUGACCACCAAGCCUCUGGAAAUAAUGGCAGAAGCCAUUGGGAAAUACCUCAGGGACCAGAAAGCCUCUGCCUAGAAUGUUUGACAUCAAUUCUGACUUACAAGAUGUCUAUCGAAAUAAUGCCUAGAUUGUAACCGUUUAGCUACGUAGAACAUAUUCAUUUUGUGUUUUGAUGGCAACAUUUUGAACACAUUAUGGUUAUCAUAGAUUAAUUGCAUUAUAUUUUGCUGGUCAUGAGUUUCAA